AUGCCUAAGCAUCGAAAGGUAGAUCGAACGUUUUCUGGCCCGAGUUAUAGAAAGUCUCGAUCCUCUAAUCCAAGACACUCGCAUUCCCAAAAUACGCAUUCACACAACGUAUCACGUGCUCAUUCACAGGCCUUUACACUUCAGUCGGAAUCAUCACGUGAUUGCCAGCGAUGUGGCAAGACUCACCGGGGGCGCUGUGAAAGUAAAAGGACUAUGAUUAAGUGCUUUAAUUGUGAUAAGACAGGACAUGUACGAUCGAUGUGUCCACAGAGAGGUCGAGCUUGUUACUCCUGCGGUUCUCCAGAUCACUUUAUUCGAGAUUGUCCCCGACCAUGUCGUAAUGAAAGUAAAGCUUCAGUCCAGCACCCUAUGAAUGCAGGUACUUCCAUUCAAAAGGAGGAGAUACCCAAACCUCGAGUUAGAGCGUUUCAGAUCACGACAGAAGAAGCUCGUAAUGAGCCCGAUGCUGUAACUGGUAUUUUCUUUGUUAACUCUCGACCUGCGCAUAUAAUGUUUGAUUCUGGAGCGACGAAUUCUUUUGUGUCACAUCACUAUAUGCGUUAUUUGAAUUUGGUGCCUUGUUUGCUUUCUACACCAUUUGCUAUCAGCAUACCUAACGAUCUUCGAUAUCGUGAGUGGCAUGGAUUAGUUAGUGAAGAACCGUGCAAAUAUUCUUUGUUCCCAGCGGAUAAUUCAGAUACCGAUCGAAGGGAAAAACCUUUGUAUAUCUACGGUGAGAGGAGAAUGGGAGAUGUGAAGGUAAUAUCUAUUCUUAAGGCUCGAAGAUAUCUGACGAAAGGAUGUUGCUCUUUUUUAGCUUAUGUGUUAGAUACGUCAAAAGAAACAAAGAAGACGGUGAAAGAUGUACCCGUUGUACGUGAUUUUCCGGAUAUAUUCCCUAAUAAUUUGUCUGGUUUACCACCAGAUAGGCAAGUUGAAUUCUGGAUAGAUCUUGUGCCUGGUGAUGCACCCAUAGCAAGGACUCCCUAUCGUCUUGCACCAACAGAGAUGAAAGAAAUGAUGAGCCAGUUACAAGAGUUGUUAGAAAAAGGACUCGCGAACAGCAAGAAAAUGAGCACUCUUCGUCAGUCUGUCUACAAUAACCYAGAUACUAUCGUGUUGCUUGGACAUCUUCGGUAG